GGGUGCUCGCAGCUGUACUAUGAUCGGUACACCCACAAUGAAGUACUCCAGCUCGUACCAAAAUCACGCUGGAAACGGAUCGAAGUGCUGACAGUUCUUGGAGGGAUUCGGUGAGAGGAUGUCGAUGAAACUAGGUUUCCGAAGUUUCCUGCUGCUAUUUCUGCUCGACUUCGGCAGGACAGAAGACCAGGAAAUUUGGUGCAGGAAUCCGGACGGCAAGCGAGUUGAAUGGUUUGUCGUGUACAAAGUACCGAAAACAGCUGGUCCCAGGCCGAAUUCUCCACGUGAUUCCCUCGACGGUUCGGAAUACGGUUACGCAGACUCGAAGACGGUGAAAAACUCUGAGGCUUUCGUUGAGGGGAAAAACGGGAUCUUUAGCGAGAAUGGCAAUCCAAUAGCGAAGUCACUCACGCGCCUAUUUCAACGUCAAAAAGCUCGAGCAGAUCGGGAGUUGACAUACAUCGUUUACAAUGACAAACCGCCUCCAGAACUGUCAAAUUCAACCUCGAAUGGCCACACAAAAGGCGUUGUUCUUUUUGGUGCGCGAAGCGGACUUUGGCUCGUGCAUAGCGUUCCGAAAUUCCCGGAGAAUAUCUUUUCUGGUUCCUACUCUUUCCCCAGCAACGCGAGGGAGAACGGUCAAAGCUUCAUAUGCAUCACCAUGGAUUCAGAAGAAUUGAAUACUGUCGCGAAACAUCUGCGCAGACAGAACCCGAACAUGUACGCCUCGAGCGCGCCCCCGAAAAUCCGUUCGAAAUACAAUGAACUGGAUCUUCUGCUUGACAAGAAGUAUCUUCGAAGUCAACCCUAUUCACUGAAAGACCUCAUACCGGCCAUCAACGGGACCGUGUUCACCGCUUUUGCGAAAGGCGGUCCCCUGAACAAAGAUAUUUAUUCCGGCGUCAUAGCGCCGGCGUUGGAAACGGAUCUUUACGUUGAGUCGUGGAGAAACGGAAACGGCGGCAGACUUCCUCCGGACUGUUUCGACAAGUAUAAGGUCACCGACAUCCAAAAAAUCGCGUUGAAAGUCGGAAAAGGCACAAUGCAGUGGUCGAGCAGUGAAGAUCACUCCAAAUGGGCCGUCGGUGAUCGUGGUCAAUGGAUCUGUUUGGGUUCGAUUAAUAGAAUGCUGUCGCAAUUCAAGCGCGGUGGAGAGACGAUGUGCUUCCAGAAUCUCGGUGUGCACCAACUGUUCCGGAGUGCAAUGGCGGAAUUCACACCUUGCGCCCUCCAGAGCUCAAACCCGAGAGGACGAUCCCAAGUCCUCGAAUAUAUAAUUGAGCGAGAUGAAGACGAGGAGCAUGAGAAGAGAAAAGAGCGCCAUCGAGACAGAAGAGGCAGAGGAAGAAGAUAG